UUUUUUAUCCCUCCCUCCUCCCGCACAACCGGGUUUCGGUCUUUCGGGCUGAGCAGGAAGCGAUCUGUAGGGGGAGAAAAAAAAAAUACUACUGCUGCUACUACGACCACCACUACCGGUACCACCAGCUAAGAAAAUGGAGAUGGUGUGUGAGAACGGUGCGCGCCGACCGUACAGGACACCGAGCGAGGCGGAUCGGCAGCCGGUGCACAGAUGGACUAGCGCUGACAUGUCUGCCAACCACCACAGUUGCCUCCUGAAGCAGUUGGACCAGCAGCGACGCCAGGAGCUGUUCUGCGACUGCACCGUGCUUGUAGGUGGACGCCUUUUCCGGGCACACCGUAACGUCCUAUUCGGGAGUAGCGGCUACUUCCGCAUGCUGCUCUCUCAGGGUGCGCAAGACAGCCUGGAACCUGCCCGGGCCUCGUUUGACGCCUUCUCCUCCGACACCUUUGCCACCAUCUUAGACUUUGUGUACUCUGGUCACCUGGCUCUGGGCAGCUCUAACGUGAUCGAGGUGAUGUCUGCCGCCAGCUACCUGCAGAUGGAUAAUGUUAUCGCCUACUGCAAGGCAUUCAUUGAGUCUUCGCUGGAGAUCAGCACCAAAGAGGCGACCGAGGAUGCCCUACGUCCACAGAGCGUCCUUUGGGAGCACCAGGAUGACGGCAAGGACGAGUACGAGGCAGAAGUGACGAAUGAACAGAGUUCACAGUGCCAGCAAGUUCUGGAGACAGGCUUGAAGGAGGAGCAGGUGGGGCAGUACGAGGCUGUUUCUGAGCCCAGGAGGAAAGGAACCAGGAAAAGGUCUGCCACACAUCGGUACACUCCAGAUGACAGUUCGCCGAUCGACCUCCAGAGGGCGACGGCGGGAACACAGAAAGCAGACGAGCUCUACGCCACCCUGCCUACCAUCGUCGGAGUCGUAGGGGUGUUCAAUAAAGACUCCACCCCAACGGUGCGUUUUAAGUGCCCAUUCUGCACACACACAGUGAAGAGGAAGGCGGAUCUGAAGAGACACCUGAGAUGCCACACGGGUGAGAGGCCGUACCCCUGCCAGGCCUGCAGUAAACGCUUCACUCGCCUUGAGCACCUGCGCAGCCACUUUGAGACGAUCCACCAGGCACGAAAGCUGGUGUGCCGGAAGUGUAAGCGUCACGUGACGGAGCAGAACAGCCGCGUGGUGUGCGAGGGCUCGCGCCGAUACCGGCUUUGUGAGGCGUGUCUGCAGGAGAGCGGCUUGGUGGCACACGAUGGCACCGACACCGGCACGGAGGAGCCGGGUCUUCUGCUAGGGGUGGAGGAGGAACUGGAAGGAAACCGCAAUUCCUCAUGGGGGAUGGAGGAUGACGAUGACCUUGCUGAGGAUUCAGGAACUGACCUCAUCAUUCAGGAAGUGGAGGACAGCGACGAGGAGCCCAGCGCGAACUGACGCUAGUGUGUGUGCACGUGUGUGCACAUAUGAGAGCAAUUUGCGCCAAAUUCAGCUUCAUUUAUUUUAAAGACGGGCAUCUUUGAAUCAAAGAAAACGUUCUAUAAAUGUAUAAUUGUAUAAUAAAAAAAGAAAAGUAUGUCAAUAGAUUAUUUGAACAACACAGUUGAUUAAAUUAUUUCCUCUUGCUUCUUAUAUAAGGAAACACUGGCAAAAAUGAAUCCUGCAUUUUCCUAUGACUUGCUUAGAAUUGCUUUAUUUACAUUUUAUGUUCACGUCACCAAAUAUUUAACCCGACUGUGAAGACUCUUAAUAAUAUUGUAGAAAUUCUUGUGUUGUCCACCACUUUACAUCACCAUCUGAACAAUCAAGCAUCGUUUUCUCUUAAUGGUUUAUGUACAAUUUUAUGUAAAUUAACACACUUUGCACUCUUCUAUCAAUCCUUAUUAUUAUUAUUAUUAUUAUUAUUAUUAUUAUUAUUAUUAUUUUGCUUGGUAAGACAAUGAUCAUAUUUUAUUUUUACUUUUUUAUGAAUAAAGAUAUGCAUUUAUUAUUAUCA